AUGGCAUUCCCUGUGGAUAUGCUGGAUAAUUGCAGUCAUGAGGAAUUGGAAAAUUCUGCUGAAGAUUACAUGUCAGAUUUAAGGUGUGGGGACCCUGAAAAUCCAGAGUGUUUUUCUCUUCUCAAUAUUACGAUUCCUAUUAGCCUGUCAAAUGUAGGCUUUGUACCUCUUUAUGGUGGCGAUCAGACCCGGAAAGUUCUUGCUCUUUUUGCACCUGAGGACUCACUCACAGCUGUAGCUCUUUACCUUGCUGAUCAGUGGUGGGCUAUUGAUGAUAUUGUGAAAACAUCUACCCCUUCUAGAGAGGGGCUUAAGCAGGUGAGCACUCUUGGGGAGAGAGUGGUUCUGUAUGUUCUGAAUCGAAUUAUUUAUAGAAAACAGGAAAUGGAGAGAAAUGAGAUCCCAUUCCUGUGUCAUAGCAGUACUGAUUAUGCUAAGAUUCUGUGGAAGAAAGGAGAGGCCAUUGGGUUUUAUUCAGUUAAGCCUACAGGAAGCCUAUGUGCCUCAUUUCUUACCCAAAGUUACCAACUGCCGGUUCUUGACACAAUGUUUGUAAGAAAGAAAUAUCGAGGCAAAGAUUUUGGGCUUCAUAUGCUGGAGGACUUUGUUGAUUCCUUUACGGAAGAUGCACUUGGCUUGCGGUAUCCUCUGUCUUCUCUCAUGUACACAGCUUGCAAGCAGUACUUUGAAAAGUAUCCAGGAGACCAUGAACUCCUUUGGGAAGUGGAAGGUGUUGGACACUGGUACCAGCGAAUACCAGUCACCAGAGCAUUACAGAGAGAAACACUUAAAAUUCCUGCAUUUUCUCAAAAUGAAGCUAAAAGACCUAUGUCUGGAGAAUAUGGUCCUGCAUCUGUUCCAGAAUAUGAAGCAGGAAGUGAGGACAAUCAGUCUAGUGAGAUGCAGCUAACUAUUGAUUCUCUAAAAGAUGCCUUUGCAAGCACUUCUGAAGGUCAUGAUAAAACACCUGUUUCCACUCGAACUCGGAGUAGUCAGCUGAAGCGGCCAAAGAUUGGAAAACGGUUUCAGGAUUCUGAAUUUAGUAGUUCUCAAGGUGAAGAUGAAAAGACUCCCCAGACUUCACCUACAGCUUCAAUAAACAAAUUGGAGUCUACUGCACGCACAUCAGAGAGCUCAGAAGAUUUCCUAGAAGAAGAGCCUGCACAGAGAGUGAUUGAAUUUGAGGAAGAAAACAGUGAAAAAGAUGCGCGGCCAGCACCAGAAACCCAGCCACGACUGGAGAAGCCAGACAGUGAAAAGGAAUCUGAAUUAGAGCCUAUGAAUGGUGAAAUCAUGGAUGAUACUCUGAAGACCUCACUUAUAACUGAAGAGGAAGACUCCACUAGUGAAGCGUUAGAUGAUGAAUUAAAAUUGCAGUCUUUUACUUCUAGUGAAGACUCUACAAAUCUUGUUCCAGUGACAGUAGAAUCUUCAAAACCCCCUGAGGCUGUUGCACCAGAUAAGACUCCACAUAUAACCGACUCAGAAAUGGUGAUAGAUGAAAGCCCUUCUGAUGAAAAGGGGCACACUGAAGAGAAACUGUCUCUAGUUUCAAGAAAGAAAGCACAUUUUGGAGGUUCAGACAAUGUUGCUACUAUCUCAAAUGAAGAACGGUCUGACAGUGGUUUUCCAAACUCUGGGGUAGCUGAAUUUUCUGAAGAACCAGUCUCUGAGAAUUUAUCACCCAACACUACUUCCUCUUUGGAAGACCAGGGUGAGGAGGGGGUACCUGAGACCCAAGAAACAUCCACUGCCCUUUCCCAGAGUUCUUUGAUAGAGGUUGAACUUGAAGAUGUGCCAUUUUCACAGAGUGUGGGACAGAAGAACCAGUCAGAGGAGCAGUCUGAAGCAUCUUCUGAGCAACUGGAUCAGUUUACACCAUCAGCAGAAAAAGCUGUGGAUAGCAGCUCAGAGGAAAUAGAAGUGGAAGUGCCGGUGGUAGACAGGCGGAAUUUGAGAAGAAAGGCCAAAGGGCAUAAAGGACCUGCUAAGAAGAAGGCCAAGCUGACCUGA